GGCACUUUAAAGCAGGUCCGCCGAACUAUUUUGUGCGGUCCGUGGCCACGUUCGCGGUGUAUAUGUAUGUUGAAUUUUGUCAUUAAUUUUAUCUUCUAUGCUAUUUAAUUAUGUGCUUGGGAUUGACGAUUGCUGAUAUAUCUGCAAUAUGACAAUCGAAAAAGCUCGUGGCUCCUUGGGAAGGGCUUUAUUAAGUAAUCAAUCGUGAUAUUUUGCAAAUUACAAAGUAUAUUACGGGGGGAAAUCUAUUGUUAGAUGCAAUAUUAAGGAAGAUCUAUUAAGAUACUAAGUUGAUUUUUUAGUAGUAGUAGUAGUAGUAGUAGUAGUAGUAUUUUGUUCAUUUUUUAACGGUUGUCGCUCAAGGCACUUGAUUGUCGAUGAAACUCAUACGUUAUCGACGAAAGCGGUGUUGGUAUCGAUCAACUUGAAUCGAAUUAUUUUGUUUACAUUCGCCAGCGGUUUGUUGUUGGUUUUGGAGCAACGAAAAGAGUGUGAAAUGCGUUUUUAGAACCUCGUCCGAUUAAUUGAAUGGUUUAGUAUGUUUCUGGUAGUGGAAAUAGUCAAUGAUAAGGGCAAAAAGGAGUGGAAGGUAGCACCCAAACGAUGGGUGUGCACAACGAAGAACUCCCGGCGAACGGUUCUGUUGUGGCCAAAUGAAAUGGGAGCAGAACGGCAAAUGCACCUGGUCAAAGAGGGAAUAUGCAAACCGAUGAAAAGUUGGAGCCGGCAGGAAUGUAUCGUGAGGCAAGAGUGUUCGACCUACGAUGGGGCAAAUGCUGCAUUGCAAAUACAGCAACAGUCUGAAGUACACCUUAAAUCCAUGGGCGCAUUCGGCGUAGUAGCACCGGAACCAUCAGCAAAACAAGACCUUCCGGAGAGUAAAACAUCAAUGCUGGCCUCUAUUAAGACGAUGGUGGAAUCUCUAGUGCAAAGUGAAGCUCGUAUCGAGAAACAAAAUGCUCGAAUCGUAAAGCAAAACGCGAAUAUUGAAGAACAAAAUGCUCGCAUUAAAAAACAAAAAUCGGAACUAUUGAAAAAACUAGCAUCGAUCCAGAAUAGAUCUGCCAUCCGUGGUUCUCAACAUUUUGAUUUAGUAGAUAAUUCAAUGAAAAGUGCAUCGUUCGACUUUUAUCCAGUUGAAACCAUUGAGCAGCUGAUCGACCUGGAGAGCAACCUGAACGAUGAGGCAUUUCGCUCGAAAAUGAUUACUUGGUUGAAAUUUAAUGUUGUCGGCACCCAACCAAAGAAAAGGAUGUCAAGCUGUCUAAAUUUGUUGGUUUCACGGGACCUACUGGCCUACUGCUCUUGGACUGGUAUCGUACGAAAUGGAGUGAAACAGUUAGCAUUAAAAAACAUGCAGCAUAUGUUGGAAUUAUUCCAAGAAAUAGGUACAACGCCAUGGGAAAAGGCGAAUGAUACUAUGGUAGCUACAUUUUUCAAGGGCAAAGUUAAAAAUGCACAGCAGCGUGUUCAAUCGCAUAUCAAAAGUGAGAAACAGGAAGAAGUAAUUGUCUGUAGGGAUUUUCCACAGCAAUCGUUGGAUCAUGCAGAUUCGACAGACCAGAUGUACACGGAAUCGAUAGAUGGAGAGUCAGAAACGGAAAUAAAAGUUAAGAUUUUUCAGUUUCUGGUAGUGGAAAUAAUCAAUGAUAAGGGCGAAAAGGAGUGGAAGGUAGCACCCAAACGAUGGGUGUGCACAACGAAAAACUCCCGGCGACCGGUUCUGUUGUGGCCACAAGAAAUGGAUUCUGAACGGCAAAAGCAGUUAGCUAGAGAUGGAUCAACAACACCAACGAAGAGGAGUUGGAGCCGGCAGGAAUGCGUCGUCAAGCGUAAUUGUCCAUCUUACGAUUCUGCAAAUGCAGCGAUGAAAAUAUUGUACUCCAAACGAUUGCCGCCAUCGAAUGCACCCCUUCCUUUGCACAGCAAUCCAAUAAUACAACAGUCGGCAGAACAAAUGGAAAACGCUGAAGGAAAUAGAAACGUGGAAAACUCUGAUGGUAAGCUUAUACCAGCACCGGCUUCUCAAUCGCUGCAGGAAGAUGAGGCAACAAUGCUGGCAAUUAUCAAAUCAAUGCUGGAAUCUUUGAUGGCCUUGCAUAAUCGCAUCGAGGAACAAAACGCUCGAAUCCAGAAGCAAAAUGCUGAGAUUAAGGAACAAAAUGAUAGCAUUGAACAGCAAAGGGUUGAACUAAUGAAAAAGCUAUUUUCGAUGCAGAAAAGAUUUGCCAAUUUCAAUUCUCAACAGUUUGACUUGAUAGAUGACACGAUGGAUAAGACAUCUUUUGAGUUUAAUAUUGUGGAAACCGCGGAGCAGCUGAUCGAGUUGGAGAACAAACUAAACGAUCAUAGUUUCUACUCUGAAAUGGUUUUGUGGUUGUCAUUUAAUGUAACAGGAAUGGAUCCAGCGAAAAGGAUGGGACGCUGUCUGGAAUUGUUGUUUUCGAAGAAAAUGCUAUCAAAAUGCCUUUGGUCCGGCAUAAAUAAAGCUGGAAAAGAACAAAUCGCCAUAAAAAACCGGCGGAACAUUUUGGAACUAUUUAAAACGAUUGGAAAAACACCUUGGGCAAUCGUUAACGACCAGGAUAUUGCCUUGUUUUUCCGAAGGAAACUUAAAUCACACAGCAAAAGCAUUGAAGGCAAUCUAUGGAUUGAUAAGCAAGGAGAACAAUUGUUUGAAAACAUAGAGAUACAUAGUGCCGAUUCAUCGAAUGCUGAACCACAUAUGAAUGCGGAAUUGAUGGAGGACGAAUCGGAAAUAUUAAUUGAAGUAGAAAUUAUAAAUUAACACAGAUAUGGUAGUUUCAUGAUGAGUAUAUUAAAUAUUUACAUAAAUUAUACGGCACAA